AUGUGUACAUUAUCCCCUUUGUUUCCAGUGUGUGACUGGCGCUUUGAUGCUCCCAUAAGCCAUGAACAGCUCAGCUAUACCUUUGCAGACGCCGAAAGCUUUGAGGAAUUCCUUGAUCAUUUUACACCAACUCUGCAAGAAAUCCAGCUUGAUCGGUCUCUAUCAUUCAUGGGACACAGUGGUAACAACCCCACCAUCGACAAGAAGCUUAACCACAACGCCAGUGAGCGUGACCGAAGGAGGAAGAUAAACCGUUUGUACUCCUCGCUUCGUUCGCUGCUUCCAGUGUCUGAGCAAACGAAGAGGUUAAGCAUUCCAGCCACAGUCUCACGAGUGCUGAAAUAUAUUCCAGAGCUACAAGCGCAAGUGGAAACAUUGGGUCAGAAGAAAGAAGAGAUUCUGUCCAGGAUUCCUACGCAAGAUGAGUUUGUCCAUAAACAAAACAUAACAAAAUUAGAGAGGUUAACCACCACCUCUCCUCUUGCUAUUUCAGUCAGUCGGGUUAGUGAAACUGAAGUUGUGGUUCAGAUUUCAACAUUUCGGGCGUAUGAGACUCCAUUGUCUGCUGUCUUGCCUAAUUUAGAAGAGGAUGGUCUAUUUUUAACCGACGCUUCUUGCUUUGAGUCUUUUGGAGGACGAGUCUUCUAUAACUUAAAUUUUCAGGUGGAAAGAACGAAUAACUUGGAAGCAGUGGGUUUGAAUGAGAAGCUAUUGUCCUUGUAUCGGAGAAGGAAAUGUUCAUGGCCAUAAUUUUUUUAUUAUUAUAUCUUAAAAUAGUCCCUAGUUUCA